GCUUUUUUCAUACUUUAGGACCAGAGCCUCAUGUAUUAGAAAGUUCAUCGUCUGCUUUGCGACUCACUCCCCUCUUUUCCCCCAUUUGCUUUUUCGUCUCCGCUUUUGUCUGCCCCUCCCUUUCUUCAAUAUGGAUACUUCUCACUGGCCACAGGGCAUAGGACUAGCGAAAGCUGUGGAACCCUCAAAGCCAGUGCCAGUAACAGAACGAAAGCCAAGGCCACAAAAAGAACAAGCAAUAAAUUGUCCAAGAUGCAAUUCAACAAACACAAAAUUCUGUUAUUAUAACAAUUAUAGCCUUUCUCAGCCAAGGUAUUUUUGCAAAACUUGUAGAAGGUAUUGGACUGAUGGUGGUUCUUUAAGAAAUGUUCCUGUUGGUGGCGGUUCAAGAAAAAAUAAAAGAUCUAAUUCCUCUUCUAAUAAUUCCUCAUCCUCCACAUCAUCUUCAUACAAGAAAAUUCCAGAUCUCACAAUUCCAACUUCUUCUUCUACUCAAAACCCUAAAAUAAUAAACGAACCCCAUGACCUAAAUUUAACAUUUAACCCAUCCACUACUAGCAAUUUCAGUAACAUUUCUGAGUUUAUGGCCUUACCUUUAAUGAACCCAAAUUCCACAACUUCAUUUAUGUCAUCUAUUAUGCCACAGAUUUCGGAUUCUAAUAAUAUUAUGUACUCAUCAUCAUCAACUGGGCUACCUAAUUUGCAUGAUUUGAAGCCUACACUUAAUUUUUCUUUGGAUGGGUUUGAUAAUAAUAAUGGGUAUGGAAGUUUACAAGGAGAGACUGCUGGAGCAAAACUGUUUUUCCCUUUGGAUGAUUUGAAGAAUGUUUCAACGGCAAAUGAUGAUCAUGAGUUUGAUGAACAAAAUAGAGGGCAAGCUGCUGAAUCUCAUGGAUUUUGGAAUGGAAUGUUGGGCGGAGGAUCAUCUUGGUAAUUGAUUAGAAGGUGGUGUUUAUCUAUUUGUGUUUUUAAGUUAAUUUUUACAGGCUGAGUGACAUGUUUAGUUGUUUUCCAGUAUAAUUAAAACUUCUACUACUGCUCCUUACUAACUGAUAGAAUAUAUGUGUUAUUUCUUUAUGAAACUUCUAAUUUCGUUUGCAUCACUUUGAAUUAUGAGUCAUGCUUGUAAAUGCUGUAUCUUUUCUUUUGGUUGUUAAAAACUGCGAUAACCUCAUCUAAAAAACUAAUUAUAUUUCAAUAUU